GGGUUUAAUGAAGUCAUUGGUUUGCCGCACACAACGGCUUCUAUUUGGUACAGGUGGAACACUGGGAAGCGUCCAAAAGGUAAAAGAAAGCACAAUUAAUUACACCAACUGGGCUUUUCUGAAAGAAACUUUGACUCUUCUAAAAGAUAUUCAUCAUCCCUUAGUUAUCGAAUAUUUGUUUCGCUUAAAUAAAAAGCGGCAAAUAGUUGAAAAUAGGAAAGAAACGGCCCUGUAUGCUGGUGUCGAUGAUUUGAAGCUGAAAAAUAAAAGCGACAGUAAUUCAUUUGACUUUGUUAAAUGGAAUGCCUGCUAUCAUGAUGAAUUUGAUACAGCGGAAAGAAUAUCCAACAUUCUUCAGGAACUCGAUGAUAAUAGCAAUCUCUACACUCAAACGAAAUCAAAGAAAUCACUAAGCGCUUCGGAUACGGAAUUUCUUCAAAUGAUCGAGGAAGAAAUUAAAGUAUUGAUAAUUCGAAUUAAAGAAUUAAAUGACCAGGUAAGUACUAUCAUGAAGAAGCGACUGGAAUGUGAUGAUCUAGUCGCUUUAUCCAGUAAGAAGUGGAUUGUAUGCGUCGCGGGAAAAGCCGGUGGUGAAGAGGCAGAUCUUUUCGCAAGGGAACUUUUUGACAUGUUCAAAUCGUAUGCUAAAGAAUUUCGUGCUCUUCAAGCUUCCGAAGUCCAGGAUUCGAGUGAUGACUUUAUAGAAUUUCUUAAAUCCUCAGGGGGUCAUCAAUUUUGUGUUACGGGCGAUGACGUUUAUCGUAAUUUUCGUCAUGAGAUUGGGGUGCACAAGGUCCAACGUGUUCCUUUGACGGAUGCUAUGGGGAAGAUGCAGACCUCAACCGCGGUUGUAACUAUGAUGCCUAUUCUGGAUCCGGUAUCGGUUGACAUACGUGAGGAAGAUUGCACGAUACAUUAUGUUCGUGGCUCCGGCCCAGGAGGUCAAGGUAUGCAGAGUAGCUCUAACUGUGUUGUGCUGACUCAUAUUCCAUCAGGAUAUACCGUGAAGUGCCAUCAAUCUAGGUCUGCUCUUGGAAAUAAGGAACUCGCAUUACAGAUGGCGGCACAGCACAUUUUGUCUCAAAAGAUUAAGAGUCAGAAUUCUUCGUUGUAUGAUACAUGGAAGAAUCAGUGGAGUAGUGGCGAGCGAUCCGAAAAAAUGCGGACAUACAAUUACCUUCACAAUCGUGUAACUGAUCAUCGCCUCGGAAAGGACUAUCCCUUGUCUUUUUUCAUGGAUAGAGGAUGUGGUCUUGCAACCCUUCAUGACGAACUGAAUGAGAUCAGUGAUUCUGAGCAACUCAAAGUUACUUUGUUGAAGCACAUCAGAACUGACUUUGAAGGCAUUGUCUAA